GUUUCGCGAAUCCUUUCGGAUGUCUUCUAUGCCAUUCAAGGUCUGACCGGAAUUUGGCCUGAAUCUAUUCAAGAGCUCACUAUAUCUAAAGCUCUACCCACCUCGGCAACUUCGACUAGCGACUUUCCAACUAUAUUCCUGCGUCGUCUCCACAACGGGGCGUUAACUCGUCUUUCGGUUUGUCAAGCGCAUCUGGACAAGCUAGGUGUGAAUGAGACAAGUACUUCGGUUACUGACUUAGAAAGGCUUCUGUUCGUCAGGCAGUUGCCGAUGGUAAGUCGUCUUAUCGACAGCUUGAUCGACUAUACGGCAAUUGUUUUUACUAUCAUCGUUAUUUCCUCCACAAAUUGA